AUGUCCUCUUCUGCCCUCCUACCUUCCCCCCUUAAUCCCUCCCUCAUCCUUCCUCUCUCCUCUCCCCCACUUGCCCCCACCCUCCCUCCUUCCUCCACCACCCUCCCCUCUUGCCCCAGUAUCAGUCUUGUGGAGAGGCUGAUCAGGACCUGUCCUGUCUGGCUCCAACUGGGGAUGAACCAGGAGAGAAGCUAUUCCAUCCUCAGGAGAGAAAGACCAGGGAUGUUUCUAGUGCGACGAGGCCUGGAUCAGAAGGCCAUGUUGCUGUCGGUGAGGCUAGCUGACCUCCAGGGAAAAUCCCAGAUCCAGGACGUCACGGUAACUGAGGAAAAGUCAUAUAUGCAUCUUGACAGAUCUGGCCUGUUCUUUGAGAACAUUUUUAAGCUGGUUUCCUUCUACUGUGUCAGUCGGGACGUCCUCCCCUUCACUUUAAGGUUACCCAAAGCCAUCGUCCAGGCCACCAAGUAUGAAGACAUGGAGGUGGUUUCUACUCUGGGCUCAGAUUUCUGGGGUUCUAUGCUGAAUCAGCAGUGGAAGGAAGGGGAGGGAGACGGGGAGUCGAUGUCCGAGGGAGAGAGCCGGGAUGAGGGCUGUCCAUGGACAUGGUUCAUCAACCCUGUCUCCCUGGAGGAACACUACAGCCUGCAGACCACCCUCAACAACCCAGUCUACAGGACUCAGAGCCUGAACUGCCCUGGCCAGGGGGCUCCCGUUUACAAACGCCCUCCACCGCGACCCCCCAGCGCCCCUGAGCCCAUGCUGGUGCUGUCUCAGGGAGGUAAACCUCCCCCCAACCUGCCUUCCCCCAGAGCCCCACCAUCCACAACCAAGCAGAAAGAGGAAGGCAUGAGACGGAUCAGUGAGGAAGAGAAGACUGACUCGGCUAAACCAUCCGUUAAAGAGGCGGGAUCCCGACCUCCCCCACCUCACCCGCACAGAGCUCCCCCAAUAGCGUUGCCACGGAGGCCCUCAGACAGACGUCCUCCAGACACACAGACAGACAGACCGAGCCAGGACAAACAGACAGACAGGCCAGUCCCAGACGGACAGCUAGCUGCCCAUCUCAGCCCAGAGCCUACAGCUUCUCUGAUCUGCAUUGAAGAGCACUUCACAGUAAAGAAGGACCCAGAAGAAGGGACUGUGAUAGAGACACACAUAGACACUGGGCACGAGAAGAGCAAGGAGCCAGAGGAAGAGACCCAGGCAGAGAUGACAAAGGAAGACACGGUGAACGAGAGAGAUGCAGGCGCAGUGCAAGAAACAGAGGGAGGAACAGAAGUGAAGAGAGAGACAGCCUCAGAGACCGACAGAGACACAGAGACAGAAACAACAACAGACCAGGAGACAGGAACCGUGCCGGCGGUGUGUGACGUCUCCGACACGGUCUCCAGCUCCAGCCACAGGAAGCCUCCUCCACAACCAGUCCCUCCUCCAAGGAAGAAGAAGCCCUCCCUGUGCCAACCCAACAUACAAGAGCUAUGCAACCCCACUGGAGGAAAACCCCUGUCAUUCAACAAUCAGCAGCGCCCCCCACCGUCCUCACCUCCCUGGUCGGUCCGUCAGCCUGCCUCGGGAACGGGCAGCGAGGCCAAAGCUUUGGACGUGUCUCUGUACUCCCCCGAGGGUGGAGCUGGCCCCUCCCUGGACCACGACUCCUACUCCACCAGCAGCACAGAGGACGAGGGGGGGGGCAACACCAACGUUGGAGGGGGCAACAGCCCCAUCAGCCCCAACAGCCCUAAGCCCACAGUGAAGAGAACCUCCACCAUCAUACUGGACAAGGCCAAGUCUCGCCUUUCCAUGGUGAACAUCUCCAACGUGUUCACAGGCCUCCUGAGCGCCGACAACAAGCUGCAGAGGCGGAUCGUGGAGCUGUCCAGGGAUGGGAGCUCCUACCUGGGGCACCUGGUGCGGGAACACAGGGCGUUCACCCUGGAGACCAUGGGGAAACACAACUCCAGCACUGAGAUGCUGCAGGAGAUCCGUCAGAUGAUGACCCAGCUGAAGAGCUACCUGAUUCAGAGCAUGGAGCUGCAGGGCUUGUUGGAGACCAGUGUUCACACACAGGAGAGGCUGGAAAGCAUCGUGGAGGCGGCCCUGUGUAAGAGUGUUCUCAAGCCUGUGCGCGAGCCUGUGUAUUCUGGACUGAAGGAGCUACACACACGGACAGGCUCCCUGAAGAGGCUGAAGGAGAACCAGGCCCUGAUCCUGGGCACCACCUCCACAGACCUGGGCGUGACCACCAGCGUGCCAGAGACCCCUGCCAUGGAGAAGAUCAGUGCAAAGCUGUGGAACCUGCACCAGGAGUACUCCCCUCAGAGGAAGAUAGACCUGCUCCUGAAGACCUGCAAGAUCAUCUACGAUUCCAUGUCUGUCGGCUGUCCAGGAAGAGCCUACGGCGCUGAUGACUUCCUGCCAGUGCUCAUGUAUGUCCUCGCUAGAACAAACAUGGCUGCCCUCAUGCUGGAUGUUGAAUACAUGAUGGAGCUGAUGGACCCAGCCCUGCAGCUGGGAGAGGGCUCAUACUAUCUGACAACAACGUAUGGAGCUUUAGAGCACAUCAAGAACUUCGACAAGCAGCCUGUGACCAGACAGCUGAGCAUGGAGGUCCAAGACUCUAUCCACCGCUGGGAACGAAGACGCACGCUCAACAAGGCCUGCACGGCACAAACAACUGUACAGGACUUCAUCACAGUGUCUUUGCUCGAGGCUGGCUCUAACCCCAAGACUCUAGGGAUGCAGGCCAGUACCACGGCCCAGGAGUUGUGUGAGCAGUGUGCUGCCAAGUAUGAGGUCCCUGAGCCAGAAGUCUAUGGCCUGAGUGUCCUGGUGGAGGGUAAGUACCAGGUUCUGGAGCCCACCGAGCUGCCACUCAGCAUCAAGACCCGGCUGCACCACGCCGAACCACGCAAGGAGUACUACUUUGUCUAUCGGCACGGUAACAAGGGACAGAAGGAUGCAGACGGCCAACCGCCCAGGCCGCCGCCUCCAACGAUAACUGAGGACAGUUUGAUUGAGAUCUGAAAUGUGUGCGUGUGAGUGAGAGGAAAUGCAUGUGUAUGACUCAGUCAUUAAUGGUUUUUGCUAUUUUUAGAAAGGUCUCACAAGUUGGACAAAUAUGACAUGCAACAAUGUAUUCAGUUCUGCUAGUUGAAAGGUUUGUAGCUAAGGCUUCAGUUAUUCAGUCGAUUGCAUUUUGCUGCUGCUCUGAAUCUAUUUAAAACACUUUGCUUUAUUUUGCCCGCAAAAUCAGAACUCAUACAGUGUAUAACCUGUAUUUGUAUUACAUUUUCAGAAACUCUGUUUUAACUGUCCAUCUGUGCAAUGAAAUUAAAUAUGUUGUAUUACAUCAAA